AUGCAUAAAUAUGAAGGUAUCAAGGAAGGGCCUAAAGCGAAAGAUAUUGUUCAGAUUAUGCGUAAUGAUUAUGGAUGUGAGAUCUCUGAUUCUUUAGCAUGGGAUUCCCGUGAAUAUGCAGUCAACGCUGUUAGAGGUAUUCCAGAGGAAAGUUAUGGGAAAAUACCAAAAUAUUUGCACAUGCUGCGAGAAGCCAAUCCGGGUACACAUUCCUCUUACAAGACUGACGUCGAUGGUAGAUUUCGAUAUCUGUUUAUAGCGUUUGGUCAAUCGAUCAGAGGCUUUAACACAGUCAUGAGGCGUGUCAUUGUUGUCGAUGGAACAUUCUUGAAGAGUAAAUUCAAAGGGGUGCUACUGGUUGCAACUGCUAUAGAUGGAAAUUCAAAUUUAUAUCCUAUUGCAUUUGGGAUAGUAGACUCUGAGAAUGAGCAGUCUUGGGAAUGGUUUAUGAGAGAAUUAAAAGUUGUUGUUGCUGAUGAUAAUGGUUUGGCUUUUAUUUCGGAUAGACAAGUGUCAAUAGGGAAGGCACUGGAGAAAGUGGGGAAGGGAUUAGCUGGGUUGAUUUCUAAGGCUUCAAAGGCUUAUAGAGUGGUUGAUUUCAAGAAGACGUUUGCUCAUGUUUGCAAUAUCAGUCCAGCAAUUGGAACGUAUCUUAUGGAAGCAGAUGUCAAAAAGUGGGCUAGAUGUCAAUUUCAUGGAUACAGGUAUGACAUUAGGACAAACAAUCCUGCAGAGUCGAUAAAUUCUGCGUUGCGUUCGCCGAGAGAGUUUCCCGGUGCGGGAUCGAUCGAUCUGAAAUACAGAUCGAUCGAUCUGAAAGCGAUCGAGCUUUUGCCGAACGAUCGUAAUUGA